UACAGCUCCUGUAAACCGUCGGAUUUGUGUUUUUGCCAAGCAGUGAAUGUUUUUUUGUGAACCAGAAAUCGAUGACGGCGUUGAUUGUAUCUGCGCAUUGGUGUUAGGCUGUUAGCAGACGUCGCUUCUCUACGAGUACUGUUGAGAGCUGUCGAAACAGCACUAUGAACGCAACAUCGGUAUAUUUUCGCAAGCUGUUCUCGGGUUCCCGCAAAGUCAACUACGGCAACACGGUACUAGUGAAGCGCGACGACGGUCAAUGGUGGCUUGGGUACGUUCAGGACAUUGAAGGCGACCAUUUCUUCGUUGACUUUGAUGCUGCUACAAUCAAUCCCCAGUGGAUUCACUCGAGGUACCUUUGGCCGCAUCACUUCCUCAGCAGGGCUUCAGGAUCGCAGCAAAACUCCCCUGUUCAGGUAGCGAUGCGUUUAGCCGAAGCUAAUCCCAUGAUUUUUCGGCCAGCCACCAUUAUAAAGGAAGAUCACAGCAUAUUCUUCGUGGUUCGCCUGGACGAGAAAGAUUCGCCGGCGGUGAAUUGGCCUCCGACAUCACCAGGCAGCCGUAUGGUGCUGCGGAAUCACAUCAGUGUCUCGCUAUCGAUGCCAGGCGACGACGACAGUUUCUUUGGACGAACCACUGGGUUCUUGUACAGAAAUCAUGUCAUCAGCUUUCCACAGGCUCAGCUGCUGCCAGACUUGGAUUUUAUCCCGAAGUUUAUGGUCAGGACAUGUCAACUGUCACUACCACAUGGCGAUGGAGAUCGCGAUUCGACCUGUCAAUUUUAUAAGAUUGUCUGGGAGGUCGGUAUGGACUUCAGCUGCACAGGAGUGCACGAGUUUGCAUUGGGAAGUCACUAUCAUAUGAAUAUUGGUUGCCGUCUAUUCGCGCGGCUGGAAUCUAGUACAGUCAGUUUUAUCUGUGGGGAAAUGCACUACGAUGAAGCUGGACGAAGUAUGUUCUGGAAUCAAGAUUCCUUGACUGAGGCAUGCGAUAAAUACCUCGCGUACAAGCAUACGGCGUCUGUUUGCGUGGAAAGUAAUUCACUCAAUUUUGGGCAUGCACACCAGAAUGCUUUAAUAGUCUCCGCCAGGAUGACGAUCUGCAUCGGUGGGACACCGAGGAUCUUCGGCAACUGGAUAUUGCCUCUUUGACGAAUGUGACUUUCGCAGCUCUGGAUGGAUUGUACAAAGACUGAUGCAGCUUUGAGAAAAUUAUAAACCUACACGUAACAGUCAGUUGGUAACUAUUUUGGUUUUCUGGGUUUCAAUGCCGACUAUUUGUACAGAAAAAAUAACAGUGUUGACAAAUUUUCUAAGGUUUCAUACCCUGUUGU